AUGGAAGACAUAGCUGGCAAUGACAAGAUCAAUGACAAGGACAGUGGCCACGCGACCGCAUCACAGGCUCACGGAUCCCAAUCGGACCGCUCACCAUCGUCUUUGCCACCUCCACCAGUCAAUGUCAGUGUGCCAAGUUUGUUCGACUCGCGGACGCUCCCGGCGGUCGUAUCUGCUAGUGAUGACAGUGAGAUGGCGCCCCGCUAUUUGCCGCAAAAAGACGGAUCCACACCGUCUUGUGGCUCGUUCAAUGAGGCGUUUGCCCAAUUGAGGAACACGUCCUCAUACAUUGAGCGUCCACGUGAGACAGCGCAAGACGAGAAACUUCCGGCGAAAGACGCAGCAGCCACAGUGUACGUGAGUCGACGGCAACAGGGCAACCCGAUGCUUAAGGCCGUGCGCAACGUCGGACUCGAGUUCCGAGACGGACUGAUCCCGGAUUACGUCAUGGGCGAAAACUCGCUCUGCCUAUUGUUUCUCAGUGUGAGGUACCACCUGCUGCACAACAGCUACUUGGAAGAGCGCGUGCAAAGCGUGCGAAAAGACGACCCGACGCACUACAAAACGAAGCUCGUCUUGUGUUUUGUGGACGUGGACGACAACGAGGUGGCGUUGCGUGAGAUCAAUCGCGUGGCGCUCUUGAGCGAUUUCACGUUGGUCUUGGCGUGGAGUUGGCUCGAAGCUGCGCGGUAUCUGGAGACAUUCAAGGCCUACGAGAACAAGUCGGCGACUCUGAUCAAGGAAAAAGUCGAGGCGGAGUUCUUGCCCAAAGCCAAUGACGUGCUGACAUCCAUCCGAUCAGUAAACAAGACGGACGUGGUGACUCUGCUGUCCACGUUCGGAACAAUCAAAGGACUCAUGAACGCGUCAAUGGAGGAGCUUUCGCUCUGUCCCGGUGUGGGCGCCAAGAAGGUGCGGCGACUGCUUGAAACCUUUCAAGAGCCUUUUAAAAAGCAGUGA